AUGAUGAUUGAAUAAUAGUCUCCCCAAUAUUGGGAUGAUUUGAUUCUGAGCAGUAGUAAAAAAGAGUUGAAGAUAUAAAGUCAAACGCUUGAAUUAACUGCCUAAAAACUUUAAUAAUAAUUAGAAAAGAAUAAAGAAUUUAAUCAUGAAUAUAUGAUGAGAAUACAAAGAAGUUAGUCUGAUCAUCGAGAUCAAUAUAUUUCUGAACCUCAUGAGGAGGAAUGCGAUGAAGCUGAGCAAUAGAAAACAUACUUGAAUAAAUUGAUGGAUGAGUUUAAUUCAACUUACAGUCCAAAAAUUAAAAGACCUUGUUGCUAACCUAAAUCCUUUGAUAUGCCAAAAUAGCAAUAAAAAAAUGUAUUGGAAUAUUCAAAAGAGGAAGUUUGGCAUAGACUUUUGGAAGAUAAGAGAAAUCAAUUAGAAUAGAGGGAAAAUGAAAAAAGAAAAUACAUAGACGAAUUGGUAGAUUAACAUUGUACAUUUAAACCAAUAAUUAGUGAUAUUGCAUCAAGAAGAAGCACAGAUUAGCCAGUGGCUGAUCGAUUAUAUUAGGAUGGUAUUGAAUAAAAAAAAAGAAAAGAAUAAUUAAAAUUUGAUCAUAUUAAUUCAGAAUAGUUUUCUUUUAAGCCAGAUAUUAGUUAAAUUAGUAAAGUAUUAAAAGGUGAAAAAUAAUUUAUGAAACCAUUAUAUGAAAGAAUUGAUGAAGUCAUGAAAAAAAAAUAAGAAGAAUUAUUAUUAAAGUAAUAGGAAUUAUAACAAUAAUCUGAAGCAACAUAUUAACCAAAAAUUUCAUAAAGAUCAAUUUUUAUAGCAGACCAAAAAUAAACAUCAAAAUCAGUUGUUGAAAGAUUAAUGGAAGAUGCAGCUACCAAAUUAUAAAGAAAAAUAAAUUAAAACAAUGAAAUACCAGAAUAAGAUGAAUGUACUUUCAACCCAUAGAUCAAUCCAACAACAAAACCUGUAUAAUAAAUUAAUUAAAUUUGUUAAACAUAAUAUUUGAUGGCAGAUUUUAUGAGAGAGAAAAAGGAAAAACUCAUCUAGGAGUUUAUCAAAAAUUCUGAUGUCACUUUCAAACCUUAAAUUAAUAAAACAAGUGAAUUAAUUAUGGAAAGCAACGAAGAAAGACUUUUAGAGAAUAUGUCUGAUAAGAUUAAUCGUCUUGGAGCCAGAGAUUAUGAAAAAAAUCAAAUUUUAAAAGAUUAAAUUUCGUAAGCAUAUUAUCAAUAAUACACUUUUAAACCUUAAAUUAAUCCCAUUUCUUCUAUUAUUGCAUAAAAACGAUCUUUAGAUGAUCUUGCAUAUAAUCCAGAGAGAUAGGAAAAAUUAAAUCGGUUGAAAGAAGAUUAAGAGUAAAAGUAAUCUUUUAGUUAUUAUCCAUAAACCAAGAAAUCAUAGCAAUAUUAGCAUGUGAAAUCUAAAUAUGAUAAAAAGUUGAUUAAAUAAAACAUGGAAAUAGAAAAAGAGAUCAAAGAUAGAAAAAUUCAAGAUUUAAAAAAAUAAAUGCAGUAUUAGGAGUUAAAGGAAUGCACUUUUAAACCAAUCACUAAAUAGUUUUAGAAAGAUGAAGAACCACUAAGUUAAAAAGUCAAAGGAGUCGAGAAUUUCUUUUAAAACAAAGAAAACAUUAUGAAAAAAUUCAAUCAACAAAAAGAAAGAGAAAAAGAGCUUUUUCAUUAUGAAUUAAAAUAUGAUUUUAAGAAUCAUUUAGAAAAGACCAAGCCAGAACCAUUUAAUAUUACUUAACAAAAUACUAUGAAUAAAAGAUAAUUGGAGGAAGAAGCAAUAUAAAGAGAUAGAGAAUAAUGCACUUUUCACCCUAAAAUUAAUCAAAAAUAUGUUUUUUCUUGA